GCGCUGGGGGCGAGAGCGGCUGGUGCGGGGCCUGCUGCCGCCGCGGCGUGUGCAGCUGGAGAGCGGCUCUGCUGGGCCGCUGCGCAGGACCCCACCGGGCGGGCGGCCCCCCGGGAGCGCCCGGCCCCCGAGCCCGGCCGAGGGGUCUGGUCACGGGCCCGCAAGGGGCUAGAGCUCCUGCCUGAGUGACUGUCAUUUCCUGCCCUGUCCGUCCCAGCAUCUUGCCCCGGGCGUGGGGCUGGCCAGUUGUCCGCAGCUCUGGCUGACCCCAGACUUCUCUGGCCUGGAAGUUGUGUAUCCACCCCAGGCACUGCUACAGCGCAGCUGGGCCCGCUCUCGCUUUUAGGGAACGUCAAGCGGAGAUAUACAGUAGAUCUUCAGACCAGGCCUUGUCUAUUCAGAGCCUUGGAAAAGCGCUGAGGCUCCUGAGUCCAGACAUCUCUAUUUUAGAGACAAAGCAAAGGUCGUAGUUGCUUAAAAGUUGCUUAUAUGCGGUGAAAACUGUUCACGAGAUCAACCUUACUAAGCAAUCUCCUGUCCUAGGAGACCUCUGCAAAUUGAGUACCAGCUUGCUGCUCAUUUAUUGGAGAACAUCUCCAGUAAGCACCUGAUGGGUCAGGCUCUUGAGUGGUCUCUUAAGAAAGUUUUGCUGCAUUGCACAAAACCUUAGUAUAUUUUGUAAAGUGGGUGAGUGGUUCAGUAAAGUACUAGUCAAGUCUGUUUACAGUUUUGUGUUUGUUAGCUGCAGCAAGAGAAGCAGAUAUUUUACAUAGCUAAAUUAAGAGGGGUUUAAAAAAGUCUUGAGGUGUAACCCACCAUUUAACAGAUGUGUAUGGAGUUUAGCCUUCUUCCCCUUUAACACUGACUCUUUUUUUUUUUAGUUUUUGUUAUCUCCUCAGAGAGCCUUAAUUGGACUACUGGUCCCCAGCUCUGCCUAGUUACUCUAUUCUACCUUGAACACUUGUGAGGAGAAAGGAGCAAGAAAAGGCCUCUGGACCUUAUGGCAAUAUUUUUUUCCCCCACUGCUGCCUUGUUCUAAGUUUCAAUAACUCCAGUGUCCAUUGAAAAGUGUUAUGUCAGUUCCAGCACAGGUCUCUGUCUCAGAGAAGAACAUUCUGAACUCUACAAAAGAUGUACAUGGAGAUCUGUUUGUUUUAAUACAUGUUCUUAAAAUCUGGAAGUAAAACAAACUGGUUAGGAAUUGGGCAUGUCUUGUAAUAAUUAGUUAGGAACUAUCUAUUAAGGGUGUAGCAUUAUUAUGAUUAUAUUCAUUUUGUGUUUUUCAUUUUCUUAAGUCUCUUUUUAAAAUACAAUUUAACUUUAAAAAAAGAAAAGAAAAAAAAACUGGGGAUAGAAAGGGCUUCUUUGUUCUGUCUUCUCCAGAAUGUUACAAGUCUAAGAGCUCAGGACAAGUGCAGCAGAAAUACCUGCAACAUGGUGACUGUGAGGUUUAAUACUCAUUUCAGAAUUUGUUGAUGAAGGCCUGGUGGUCUGCUGCAGCACUGAAAACAUAUUCGCAAGGCCAGGGUUUCAUGCUGGUUUCAGCAUGGGUGUAGAUAGUGUCAAAUGUUUUCUUCCUGAGAGAAGGAAUCCUAAGGACCUUGCAAUAUGAAUAAUUCUCUGGAGAACACCAUUUCCUUUGAAGAAUACAUCCGUGUGAAAGCACGAACAAUCCCUCAGCACAGGAUGAAGGAGUUUCUCGACUCUCUUGCUUCCAAGGGGCCUGAAGCUCUCCAGGAGUUCCAGCAGACAGCCACCACCACCAUGGUAUAUCAACAAGGUGGAAACUGCAUUUACACGGACAGCACAGAGGUGGCCGGAUCUUUGCUUGAGCUUGCCUGUCCCGUUACAACCAGUGUCCAGCAGCAAACCCAGCAAGAGCAACAGAUACAGGUUCAGCAGCCACAACAGGUCCAGGUACAAGUCCAGGUCCAGCAGUCCCCACAACAGGUCUCUGCCCAGCAGCUCUCUCCCCAGCUCACUGUCCACCAAGCCUCAGAGCAGCCGAUACAGGUCCAAGUUCAGAUCCAAGGCCAGGCACAGCAGCAGGCGUCCCAGACAAUACAGAGUCAGUCUCUUCAGAGCCCUAGCCCAUCUCAGCUGCAAGCGGCUCAAAUCCAGGUGCAGCAUGUACAGACUGCCCAACAGAUCCAGGCCACUGAGAUCCAGGAGGAACACAUACAGCACCAACAGAUCCAGGCCCAGCUUGUGUCUGGACAGGCCAUUGCUGGUGGCCAACAGAUCCAGAUCCAGACAGUUGGGGCACUGUCACCUCCACCUUCUCAGCAGGGCUCACCACGGGAAGGCGAACGGCGGAUCGGCACCGCUAGUGUCCUUCAGCCAGUGAAGAAGCGUAAAGUAGAUAUGCCUAUUACUGUGUCAUAUGCUAUUUCAGGGCAGCCAGUUGCCACAGUGUUGGCCAUUCCUCAAGGCCAGCAGCAGAGUUAUGUAUCUUUAAGGCCGGACUUAUUAACAGUGGACAGUGCCCACCUAUACAGUGCCACUGGGACCAUUACUAGCCCCACUGGAGAGACUUGGACCAUCCCUGUUUACUCAGCUCAGCCACGUGGUGACCUUCAGCAGCAAAAUAUAACCCACAUCGCCAUCCCCCAGGAGGCCUACAAUGCUGUCCACGUCAGCGGCUCGCCAACAACGCUGGCUGCUGUGAAGCUGGAGGAUGACAAGGAUAAGAUGGUGGGAGGUGCAUCUGUAGUGAAAAACUCACAGGAGGAAGUGGUGCAAACUAUCGCUAACUCGCUCUUUCCAGCACAGUUCAUGAAUGGCAACAUCCACAUUCCAGUGGCAGUGCAGGCCGUGGCAGGGACGUACCAGAAUACAGCUCAGACAGUGCACAUAUGGGACCCGCAGCAGCAACAGCAGCCCACACCCCAAGAGCAGGGGCAGCAGCAGCAGCUACAAGUGACUUGUUCUGCUCAAACUGUUCAGGUAGCUGAAGUGGAGCCACAGCCACAGCCUCAGCCUUCACCUGAACUCCUGCUUCCGAAUUCUCUGAAGCCAGAAGAAGGGCUCGAAGUGUGGAAAAGCUGGGCACAGACCAAGAAUGCCGAGCUGGAAAAGGAGUCUCAGAACAGGCUAGCCCCUAUUGGCAGACGCCAGCUGCUGAGAUUCCAGGAAGAUCUCAUCUCCUCUGCUGUGGCUGAGUUGAAUUAUGGGCUAUGCUUGAUGACACGAGAAGCUCGCAAUGGUGAAGGCGAACCAUAUGAUCCAGAUGUACUCUACUAUAUCUUCCUAUGUAUUCAGAAGUAUCUCUUUGAAAAUGGACGAGUAGAUGACAUUUUCUCGGAUCUCUAUUAUAUACGGUUUACCGAGUGGUUACAUGAAGUUCUCAAGGAUGUACAGCCCCGGGUCACCCCUCUUGGUUAUGUCCUCCCCAGCCAUGUAACAGAAGAGAUGCUGUGGGAGUGCAAGCAGCUGGGAGCUCACUCUCCUUCCACCUUGCUCACUACACUGAUGUUCUUUAACACCAAGUACUUCCUGUUGAAAACGGUAGACCAGCAUAUGAAGUUGGCCUUCUCCAAGGUCUUGAGGCAGACCAAGAAGAACCCUUCCAAUCCCAAGGAUAAGAGCACGAGUAUCCGGUACCUGAAGGCACUUGGCAUACACCAGACAGGCCAGAAAGUUACAGAUGACAUGUAUGCAGAGCAGACUGAGAAUCCAGAGAACCCCCUGCGGUGCCCCAUAAAGCUCUAUGACUUCUACCUCUUCAAAUGCCCCCAGAGUGUGAAAGGCCGGAAUGACACGUUUUACUUAACUCCGGAGCCGGUGGUAGCCCCCAACAGCCCGAUCUGGUAUUCCAUCCAGCCAAUCAGCAGAGAGCAGAUGGAGCAGAUGCUCACUCGGAUCCUGGUGAUACGAGAGAUUCAGGAAGCUAUUGCUGUGGCUAAUGCCAGCACCAUGCACUAAGGCAUCCUUCCCAGCUCAGAGGGGGUGGGGUGGUGGGGGGAUGACGAGCAAGGAUAAAUUGUACAGACUUUUACACUAAAGGAGAUGCCUACGUUUUGUUUUUUAUUGGUGUAGUUAUGAAGCCCUUUUAGGCUUCUUCUGUUUAAAAGAAUCUAAAAGGAAAACCUACCCAUUGUGUAUCCUACCAAACACACUGAGCUGUUAGAACCAUUGGAGGCUGCAUUUCUCUGCCAGCUCAGAGCUGUUGAAACUGCUGGUUGACUUUGGUUUUUUAUGAUGUAGAAAACAGAACAUGAGCUAUGGGAUUGGCCUGGAUGGCUGGGGCCUCUGAUGCCUCCUCAGAGCACGUGCAGCCUGGAGAGCGCAGAAUGAUGGAUGGACCUGCUCAGCCAGCCAAGGAGAGGCAGGUGUCUCUCCUUUGUGCUCAGACAUUAAUUUGCUGUUGUCCUGGAAGAAGAAGAAGGAGGAGGAGGAGAGUGAACUGCAAUUAUGAUUUCUAAAAAACAAUUUCUAUUCAGACCUUUAAGUGACAUUUUUAGAUGUUAAAAGUAAAAAAAACAAAAAACAAAAAAAAACAACUUUACCACACCUUCUUUUUUUGGCCUGACAUUGAGGCCUUAAACCUUGAGGCUCCUGUGCCUGCUGGAGUUCUUGUACCAUACACUUGUGUAUCAUAUAAAGAUACCGCCCUGUUUCUCUUAUGUAUUCUUACUCUAGUUGUUUAUUAAGAAUGACGAGCACGUCUUUUCAACAUGC